AUGGAAAGUGUGAAUUUUGGUGGAGAUAAUCCUUAACCUCGUUUUGGUCAUACAAUUUGUGUCAUAGCACCUAAUAAGAUAGCAUUAUUUGGAGGUAAAGAUAGAAUAAAGAUUUAAAAGGUGCUGUUGGUGAUACUGGAAGGUAUACAAUAACUGGAGAUGUAUACAUUGGAGAUAUAAUUUAAAAAAAAUGGAAACGAAUUGAAGCUAGUGGAAAUAUACCUACAAAUAGAGCAGCACAUCAAGCAUUAGCUAUAGAAUUAAAUCAAAUGAUUAUAUUUGGAGGAGCAGUUGGAGGUGGUGGUUUAGCAGAUGAUAAUUUAUAUGUAUUUGAAUUAAGAGAUGACACAGGAACUUGGGUAACAGUACCUGUAAUUGGAACAACACCAGGAAGAAGAUAUGGUCAUACAAUGGUGUUAAUAAAACCAUUUUUGAUAGUUUUUGGGGGGAAUACAGGUUAAGAACCUGUAAAUGAUGUUUGGAGCUUUAAUUUAGAGAAAUCUCCUUAUUCAUGGUAAAAAUUGGAAUGCUCAUCAGAACAACCUAAUGUUAGGGUUUAUCAUUCAGCUGCAUUAUGUUCAACAGGGUCAGCUAAUGGAAUGAUGGUGGCUUUUGGAGGUCGUACUAAUGAUUAAAGUGCUUUGAAUGAUACUUGGGGUUUAAGAAGACAUAGAGAUGGAAGAUGGGAUUGGGUUAGAGCACCAUAUAGAUCAUAAACUGAAUAACCAGCUUAACGAUAUUAACACUCAACUUUAUUUUUAGGAACAUUAAUGUUAGUUAUUGGAGGUAGAUCUAAUAAUGUUGGAGAAACUUUGCCUUUUGAAAUAUAUGAUACAGAAACCUCUGAUUGGUAUAAAUUUUAGGCAAUACAAAGAUUCAGACAUUCAUCAUGGUUAAUCGAAUAAUUUUUAUAUCUUCAUGGAGGCUUUGAUUCAGAUCAACCUAAUAUACCAACUGAAGGAAUACUUAAAUUAGAUUUGAAUAAGAGAUUUGCUUAAACUCCAUAACUAUUAAAGUAGUUGAAUACUAUUAAAGCUGAUUAAUCAUUUUCUUAAUCAUUUAAUCCUAAACCUUCUUCUUCUUUAGCCCAAACCUAAGAUUAAUUUAAAAAAACUAAUUAAUAAGCUUCUGCAUAAUAAUAAAAAAGUAAUACCUUCUAAGUAUUUAGAUUAAAAUUCAUAUCAAUAAGUUAGAGUUUCAAGUGCAACUAAUAAAAAUAUUAGAUUAGCGAAUCAAGCUUUAGUAGCUAUGACAUAUGGUCCCGAAGAGGAUAUAACAAAUUAAGUCAAGAAAGUACCUAUUGAUAAAUUGUAAGACGAGCAUAAAAAAUUAGGUCCAGGAUUUUAAGAUCCUAAUUCAUAAAAUAAAUCAUAAUUUCUAGAUUAAUUAUGUUAACCUUUUAUGUAAAAUCUUUUAAUUCCUAAAGAUUAUUAAUAAAUUCCUCCAAAUUCUAAUUUAUUAACAGGUAUUAAAAAGGAUAUGAUAAUUAAAUUGUGUGAUGAAGUUUAAAGAAUUUUAGAAAAAGAACCAAAUUUACUUAGACUGAGAAGACCAAUAAAAAUAUAUGGAAAUUUAAAUGGUCAAUAUUUGGAUUUAAUGAGAUUUUUUGAUCACUUUAAAGCUCCUUAUGAUAAUUUAUACAAUGGUGAUAUUGAUUCAUAAGAUUAUUUAUUUUUAGGAGAUUAUGUUGAUAGAGGAUCAAGAUCAUUAGAAAUCAUUUUACUUUUAUUUACAUUGAAAAUAAAAUAUUCCGAUUAAAUCCAUUUACUUAGAGGACAUCAUGAAGAUCCUAAAGUUAAUAAAAUUUUUGGUUUUGCUGAUGAAUGUUUUACUAAAUUUUCUGAGGAUAUUAUGGAUCCAAAUAGUGUUUACUAAAGAAUAAAUAGAGUUUUUUAAUAUAUGCCAUUAGCUGCAGUAAUUGAAGAUAAAAUUUUAUGUAUACAUGGUGGUAUUGGUUAAACAAUGCGAACAAUUGAUGAAAUUGAAUUAAUAUAGAAACCAUUAGAAAUAGUUCAUGAUCCUAAAACAGUAUUUCUUAUUAUAAUAUAUUCAAGUAUUAAUAAAAAAUAGCUUUGGAACUUCUUUGGUCUGAUCCAUGUUUAUAAGAUGAGGAAUUAGAAAAUUAGCCAAAUCCUGAAAGAGAUAUAUUUUAAAAUAAAUAGAUGUUUAGAUUUGGAACAAAUAGAAUAAAUAAAUUUUUGUAAGAAAACUCUCUUAAUAUGAUAAUCCGAUCUCAUGAACCAACUAUGGAAGGAUUUGAAAGAUAAAACAAUAAUGUAAUUACAAUCUUUUCAUGUCCAGAUUAUGGAGGUAAUCAGCCUUAAUGUAAAGGAUGUACAAUAUUUAAUAAUAUAUUAAAGCUAUUUUAACCAUUUCAAAAAGAGGAGAUAUAAUACCUAAAGUUAUAUUACCUGCUGCUCCAAAUUAAGAAUAAAGAUGGAUGGACUUAGAAGAACCAAUUUAAAGAAAAAAGGGAUUUGCUAAAUAUUUAGUUAUUGAUAAUGAGGAAGCUUAAUUAAGAAGAAGACCAUAUACACCACUUAGAUAAAAACGACCUUCAUCUUAAAAAUAAUUCAAAUGAUC